AUGCGGCCCCUCUCAGCCGCAGCACUCCGCCCCCUCGCACGCAGCACCACCCGCCUCACCCCAUGCCCCCUCCCCAGCCACGCACGCCCCUUCUUCGGCCUCUUCAAAAAAUCCACCCCCGCCCCCGCUGCCCCUCAAGCCCCCCUCCUCGCUGAGGACGACCUCUUCCACCCCCUCUCCCACUCCCCCUUCCCGGCCCUCGUCGAAAAGGCCGACCGGAUAAAGUCAGUCUCCCUCUGCCCUACCUCUUUUGAAAAGCACCACGAGCGAGUCAGGCCUGCGUUCGACUGUCCGGACUGUGGGUGGCCGACGCAUAAAGACCAAGAGAGGUGGGAGGAAGGACGGGAAGAGCACAAAGAGUACUGCGGGAGGCUGAGGGAGGUCAACGAAGACGAGCAUGAUCUGAGGAGUGAGCGAAAGAUGGUCGAGUUUGAGAAUAUGCCAGAGCAACAGCCAUACGAGUCUGCGGUCAACUUUGCUUCAUGGGACACCUUGUUCUUCACAAGAAACUACCCUUCGAUCGACUCGGAUCGAUCUGUGCGACAUGUGUCCAAGAUUCUGACGUAUCCCAUGACCAUCGCGGGCAUCUUGCAUCAGAACGGACCCUUCACGUCUGGUAAUGGGCGUAUCACUCGACAGGGAAGGCGAAGCAUGGCUGCGCUCCACUCUGUGUUGCACCUCCCCCCCGGCGCCACCGUCGAGACUGCCCCCGAAAAACCUCAACCACCCUUCCGACUUUUCCUCCUCGGUGCCCGUGCCGAGUCAACCCUGCCUCCUCACCUGUGGGCCCAGCUCACGCACCUCUUCCCCCGUACUGUCUUCCAAAUCUACUUUAUCGGCCCUGAAGUCGGUAUGCCCCUUCUGUCCGCCCAAGACCGGGCCAAGCAGGAGUAUGCCUUCACAGAGGAAGGCGGAUGGGGUGUGCCCAGCUAUACCUUCAACUACAACACCCAGCUCUCUUUGACCUCGCUUAAGGCGCCUUAUGAGGAGAUUCAUGAGCAGUUGGGGCCAUUUGACCCUUACACGGAUGUCUUUUUCGCAUUCUCGCCCGGGUUUGGUUUCCCCCACCAGCCCCUGUUAGAAAAGAUCACAAAGAGCGGAAAGGGCCAGGUGCUCCUUGACCAGGAAACUGGCAAGCCUAUCGCUCCCGAAGACCGCUACUCGCCCGCCGAGAUUGAGAGCGAGGUUCCCUAUGCCCCUCCCGAGACUCUCGUCCAAGCCCAGACCUCCUGGCGCCAGCCCCUCCAACAAAUUCUCGAGACCAAGUGUCCCUUCUUCUUCACCGCCUUUUCUCCUCUGGAUCUCCAACGAGACGUGUCUGCCUUGUUUGGGACCAACCCUCCUUCUGCCUCUGGUGCUCCCGGCUCGCCGGUGCGCGAGUUCCCCGACUAUGUCGCUCUUCCCACAGGGCCGAUUGAGCCGAUUGAGGGUGUGACGGACGAGUUUGAGCUGGUAUUGACGCCGGGAGUGAACCCGUUCGGGAGUUUGAAGUGGGAGAUUGCCGAGUGGGAUGUGAGGGUGGGUGUCAAGACGAAUUGGGGAACGUGGGGUAUCAGGGGCAAGAAGUAUGAUGUUGUGGAGGGACGAUGA